UCCCGGACGAAAACCCUUUUUGCUGUUUCCCCUACAUCGCCCUGGAGUCUCCUAGUCUUGUCCCCGCAGUGCCACCCUUCCCAGUAAGUCCUAGGCGCUAAGGCUUGGCUCAUGGUUCACAGCUCAAAGAGAAAAAGAUUUGAGGGAGGAUGGAUGCAAAAGCUCGAAAUUGUUUGCUUCAACAUAGAGAAGCUCUGGAAAAGGACAUCAAGACAUCCUACAUCAUGGAUCACAUGAUUAGUGAUGGAUUUUUAACAAUAUUAGAAGAGGAAAAAGUAAGAAAUGAGCCCACUCAACAGCAAAGAGCAGCUAUGCUAAUUAAAAUGAUACUUAAAAAAGAUAAUGGUUCCUACAUAUCAUUCUACAAUGCUCUACUACAUGAAGGAUAUAAAGAUCUUGCUGCCCUUCUCCAUGAUGGCAUUCCUGUUGUCUCUUCUUCCAGUGGUAAAGAUUCAGUUAGUGGAAUAACUUCAUAUGUAAGGACAGUCCUAUGUGAAGGUGGAGUACCACAAAGGCCAGUUGUUUUUGUUGCAAGGAAGAAACUGGUGAAUGCAAUUCAGCAGAAGCUCUCGAAAUUGAAUGGUGAACCAGGAUGGGUCACCAUAUAUGGAAUGGCAGGCUGUGGGAAGUCUGUAUUAGCUGCAGAAGCUGUUAGAGAUCAUUCCCUCUUAAAACGUUGUUUCCCAGGGGGAGUGCAUUGGGUUUCAGUUGGGAAACAGGACAAAUCUGGGCUUCUGAUGAAACUACAGAAUCUUUGCACACGAUUGGAUCAGGAUGAGAGUUUUUCCCAGAGGCUUCCACUUAAUAUUGAAGAGGCUAAAGACCGUCUCCGCAUUCUGUUGCUUCGCAAACACCCAAGCUCUCUGUUGAUUUUGGAUGAUAUUUGGGACCCUUGGGUGUUGAAAGCUUUUGACAAUCAGUGUCAGAUUCUUCUUACAACCAGAGACAAGAGUGUUACAGAUUCAGUAAUGGGCCCUAAUUAUGUAGUCCCUGUGGAGAGUAGCUUAGGAAAAGAAAAAGGACUUGAAAUUUUAUCCCUUUUUGUUAAUAUGAAGAAAGCAGAUUUGCCAGAACAAGCUCAUAGUAUUAUAAAAGAAUGUAAAGGCUCUCCCCUUGUAGUAUCUUUAAUUGGUGCACUUUUACGUGAUUUUCCCAAUCGCUGGGAGUACUACCUCAGACAACUUCAGAAUAAACAGUUUAAGAGAAUAAGGAAAUCUUCAUCUUAUGAUUAUGAGGCUCUAGAUGAAGCCAUGUCUAUAAGUGUUGAAAUGCUCAGAGAAGACAUCAAAAAUUAUUACACAGAUCUUUCCAUCCUUCCGAAGGAUGUUAAGGUGCCUACAAAGGUGUUAUGCAUUCUCUGGGACAUGGAAACUGAAGAAGUUGAAGACAUACUGCAGGAGUUUGUAAAUAAAUCUCUUUUAUUCUGUGAUCGGAAUGGAAAGUCGUUUCGUUAUUAUUUACAUGAUCUUCAAGUAGAUUUUCUUACAGAGAAGAAUUGCAGCCAGCUUCAGGAUCUACAUAAGAAGAUAAUCACUCAGUUUCAGAGAUAUUACCAGCUGCCAAGUCUUUUACCAGAUCAGGAAGACUGUAUGUAUUGGUAUAACUUUCUGGCCUACCACAUGGCCAGUGCCAAGAUGCACAAGGAACUUUGUGCUUUAAUGUUUUCCCUGGACUGGAUUAAAGCAAAAACAGAACUUGUAGGCCCUGCUCAUCUGAUUCAUGAAUUUGUGGAAUACAGACAUAUACUAGAUGAAAAGGAUUGUGCAGUCAGUGAGAAUUUUCAGGAGUUUUUAUCUUUAAAUGGACACCUCCUUGGACGACAGCCAUUUCCUAAUAUUGUACAACUGGGUCUCUGUGAGCCAGAAACUUCAGAAGUUUAUCAGCAAGCUAAGCUGCAGGCCAAGCAGGAGGUCGAUAAUGGAACGCUUUACCUGGAAUGGACAAACAAAAAAACCAUCAUGAAUCUUUCCCGCUUAGUUGUCCGCCCCCACACAGAUGCUGUUUACCAUGCUUGCUUUUCUGAGGAUGGUCAGAGAAUAGCUUCUUGUGGAGCCGAUAAAACCUUACAGGUGUUCAAAGCUGAGACGGGAGAGAAACUUCUAGAAAUCAAGGCUCAUGAAGAUGAAGUGCUUUGUUGUGCAUUCUCUACAGAUGACAGAUUUAUAGCAACCUGCUCAGUGGAUAAAAAAGUGAAGAUUUGGAAUUCUAUGACCGGGGAACUAGUACAUAACUAUGAUGAGCACUCAGAGCAAGUCAAUUGCUGCCAUUUCACCAACAGUAGUCAUCAUUUUCUCUUAGCCACUGGGUCAAGUGACUGCGUCCUCAAACUCUGGGAUUUGAAUCAAAAACCAUGUCGAAAUACCCUGUUUGGCCAUAUAAAUUCAGUCAAUCACUGCAGAUUUUCACCAGAUGAUAAGCUUUUGGCUAGUUGCUCAGCCGAUGGAACCUUAAAGCUUUGGGAUGUGACAUCAGCAAACGAGAGGAAAAGUAUUAAUGUGAAACAGUUCUUCCUAAAUUCAGAGGACCCUCAAGAGGAUAUGGAAGUGAUAGUGAAGUGUUGUUCAUGGUCUGCUGAUGGUGCAAGGAUAAUGGUGGCAGCGAAAAAUAAAAUCUUCCUUUUUGACAUUCAUACCAAUGACCUAUUGGGAGAAAUCCACAUGGGCCAUCACAGCACCAUCCAGUACUGUGACUUCUCCCCACAAAACCAUUUGGCAGUGGUGGCUUUGUCCCAGUACUGUGUAGAGUUGUGGAAUAUAGACUCAUGUUCAAAGGUGGCUGACUGCAGAGGACAUUUAAGUUGGGUUCAUGGUGUGAUGUUUUCUCCUGAUGGAUCAUCAUUUUUGACAUCUUCUGAUGACCAGACAAUCAGGCUCUGGGAGACAAAGAAAGUAUGUAAGAACUCUGCUAUAAUGUUAAAGCAAGAAGUAGAUGUUGUGUUUCAAGAAAAUGAAGUGAUGGUCCUUGCAGUUGACCAUAUAAAACGUCUGCAACUCAUUAAUGGAAAAACAGGUCAGAUUGAUUACCUGACUGAAGCUCAAGUUAGCUGCUGUUGCUUAAGUCCACAUCUUCAGUACAUUGCAUUUGGAGACGAAAAUGGAGCCAUUGAGAUUUUAGAACCUGUAAACAAUAGAAUCUUCCAGUCCAGGAUUCGGCACAAGAAAACUGUACGGCACAUCCAGUUCACAGCUGAUGAGAAAACUCUUAUUUCAAGUUCUGAUGAUUCUGCAAUUCAGGUAUGGAAUUGGCAAUUGGAGGAAUAUGAUGUUCUACAAGCCCAUCAGGAAACAGUGAAAGACUUCAGACUCUUGAAAAAUUCAAGACUGCUUUCUUGGUCAUUUGAUGGAACAGUGAAGGUAUGGAAUAUUAUUACUGGAAAAGUAGAAAAAGACUUUGUCUGUCACCAGGGUACAGUACUUUCUUGUGACAUUUCUCAUGAUGCUACCAAGUUUUCAUCUACCUCUGCUGACAAGACUGCAAAGAUCUGGAGUUUUGAUCUCCUUUCGCCACUUCAUGAAUUGAGGGGCCAUAAUGGUUGUGUGCGCUGCUCUGCCUUCUCUGUGGACAGUACCCUGCUGGCAACGGGAGAUGACAAUGGAGAAAUCAGGAUAUGGAAUGUCUCAAACGGUGAGCUGCUUCAUUUGUGUGCUCCACUUUCAGAAGAAGGAGCUGCUACCCAUGGAGGCUGGGUGACUGACCUUUGCUUUUCUCCAGAUGGCAAAAUGCUUAUCUCUGCUGGAGGAUAUCUUAAGUGGUGGAACGUUGUCACUGGGCAAUCCUUACAGACCUUCUACACAAAUGGAACCAAUCUUAAGAAAAUACACGUGUCCCCUGACUUCAAAACAUAUGUGACUGUGGAUAAUCUUGGUAUUUUAUAUAUUUUACAGACUUUAGAAUAAAAUAGUUAAGCAUUAAUGUAAGUUGAACUUCUUAAAAAUUUGAAUUGGAAAAAAAUUCUAAUGAAACUCUGAUAACAACUUUUUAUAAAGCUCUGAAUUGUUGUGCAGUAUUGCAUUCAUUACAAAAGUGUUUGUGGUUGGAUGAAUAACAUUAAUGUAGCUUCUUCCCAAAUGAACAUACCUUUAAUCUUGUUUUUCAUGAUCAUCAUCAACAGUUUGUAUUAAGAUGCAAAUGAAAAUGUGAAUACAUACCUUGUUAUACUGUUGGUAAAAUUCUGUCUGGAUGCAUUCAAAAUGGUGGACAUAAUUAAUGAGAAGAAUUUGGAGAAAGUCUGUAUUUUAAUAUCUGUAUUUAAUACUGUUAUGCAGGCUGUGCCUCAGGGUAGCAGUGACCUGCUUUUUGAAUGACACUUACCCCAAGGGGGUAUUGUUCUCCCAAAUAUAAUCUUGGAGUUUAUUUGCACUCGUUAAAUUUGCUUUAAAAAUGUGUCUGUGCGCAUAGUCUGCAGCAUUUCCUUUAAUUGACUCAAUAAGUGAGCCUUGGAUUUAGCAGGACCCUUCCUUUUUUUUUUUUUUUUUUUUUUUUUUGUUAACAUUCUCGCUUUGUCGCCCCACUGGAGUGCAAUGGUGCGAUCUUGGCUCGUUACAACCUCUGCCUCCUGGGUUCAAGCGUUCUCUUGCCUCAGCCUCCCAAGUAGCUGGGACUACAGGAGCGAGCCACCACGCCCAGCUAAUUUUUGUAUUUUUAAUAGAGUCGGGGUUUCACCAUGUUGGCCAGGAUGCUCUUGAUCUCUUGACCUUGUGAUCCGCCCACCUUGGCCUCCCAAAGUGCUGGGAUUACAGGUGUGAGCCACCACACCUGGCCAGACCCCUUCUUUUUUAAUGGAGACAGGGUGUUUCUCUAUCACCCAGGCUGGAGUGCAGCGGCAUGAUCAUACCUCAUUGCAGCCUCAAACUCCUGG